CCCCUCAGCCAUCACUCCCGUACUCUAUCCAUGAUCCGACAUCAUUUCUUGAUUCUAGUUUCUUCAAAGUUGAAUCCCCAACUUCAAGAUGGACUUGGAGCCUGAAAAUGGCUGUGGAUGUUGGCCAUCGCGACUCCAAGUCUCGUAUUGCGUUCGUAGAAAAAUCCCUUGUCAGUCGUUCCAAUUGUGCUCGACGACUUUAAAGGUCGUCUCCAUUCCGUCACGAGUUGUUUGGCUGUUGUUGACCUUCUUUCAAUCUCACAACCGUUCUGCUACCUUGACCCUCGGAUGCACCAUCUAAUCUAUAAGCAAGAUGCUGAUUCAAUUUUCUCAAAUUUCUGUCUUAUAUCUUCUUGCUGCAUUUACCGCCUCGGCGUUUCCUUUGCUGGAUCCCGGCGGAGGCGGCUCAUCCGCCCCUCCCAGUAUCAAAUUUCUCUCCAAUGCUGUUCAAAGUCGUUUACUCCUAAGAAAUCCGGCGGAAAAUCAGCCUCAAGCACAGUAUUCAAGGCUCUCCAAUUGAAUCUCUGCAACAGUGGCUUCGCGAAGUGCUAUAGCAAGGGGAAGGCAGUCGGAGAAGGCAACUCUGCAAUCUCUCUCACCACGCCCCACGUGGUGACCCUCAACGAGAUCUGUCUCCAAGAUAUCCAGAAUUCCCUCCACCCAACAUUCGCGUCAUCAUGGCCGGACGAUCAUACCUACUACGUCUUCCAACCGGCGAUCGACAAACGCACUAACGGCGCGUAUAAAUGCAAGAACGGCGACCAGUACGGCAUCGCUGUCAUCGGCAGGGUGGCUGCAAGCAAAUGGUCCGGUUUCAAGGCGUAUGGCGGGCAUUACGUCGCACAAGACGGAGGCAAUGAGCAGCGAUCAUUCGCCUGCGCUGCAGCAAGUAGCGAUCACUUCGCUUGCACGACGCAUCUGAACACCACGAAGGCGACAGCGAUGACUCAAUGCAAGGCAUUGAUGUUUGAAGCAGCGCCGUACCUAAAGACAUCUACGGGCUUUUCGGGGUCUACAGUCGUUGGAGGCGACCUGAACUUGAAGUAUGAUCGUGGUGAUAAGUACAAUGUGCAGAAUUGUGUGCCGAAUGGAUAUACUCGGAAGGGAGAUGGGAGCGUGCAGCAAAUCACAUUCUCGAACGAUUUGAAGUUCAAGGAUAGUUCGAAGAUAUCUGUUCCCGGAAUAGAUCAUCCAGGCUGGCUCGUAGAUCUGACGAGGACAUGAGUCUUU